GUUAGGUUGGCACCGCCCCCGGUUGUUCACACGCUGUGCCUGCCCCGGAAGCGGAGAGUGGAGUGUGAGAGUUGCCGGUUCAUUCGUACAGGAUCUGCCGCGGCACCGCUUCUAUAGACUGAGGAAUAGACCAUGAGCGCAGGUUUGAGUUUAGAGAAGACCGCUUCCUUCAGGAAGAAGCUGAAGUCUACUCCCCAGUUCCUCCUGGCUCAGAAUGUUGCCACAUGCAGUGAUCCACUUGAAGUGUGUCUACAGAGGCAGACCGUUCAGGACAGCGCACAUGUCUUCCAACACACCAUCCCUGCUGAGGGCAAGCCUGUCACCAACCAGAAGAACUCAGGGCGGUGUUGGAUCUUCUCCUGCCUGAAUGUGAUAAGAUUGCCUUUUAUGAAGAAGUUUAACAUUGAGGAGUUUGAAUUCAGUCAGUCCUAUCUGUUUUUCUGGGACAAGGUAGAACGCUGCAAUUAUUUCCUAAAUGCCUAUGUUGAAACUGCACAUUUGAAUGAACCAAUUGAUGGAAGGCUUAUGCAGUUUCUGCUUUCAAACCCAACCAAUGAUGGAGGACAGUGGGAUAUGCUGGUUAACCUCAUAGAAAAAUAUGGUGUCAUCCCGAAGAAAUGUUUCCCUGAAUCUCACACCUCAGAGGCCACGAGAAGGAUGAAUGACAUUCUUAACCACAAGAUGAGGGAAUAUUGCCUACGGCUGAGGAACAUGGUCUCCAGUAGCAGUACAAAGGAAGAGAUCUCUGCAGCUUUGGAUACUAUGAUCGAAGAGGUAUACAGAGUAGUCAGUAUUUGUUUGGGGAGCCCUCCAGAAACUUUUACCUGGGAGUUCAGAGACAAGGAGAAGACUUAUCACAAGAUUGGGCCUUUGACACCCCAAGAUUUUUACAGGGAGCACGUUAAACCUCUUUACAAUGUGGAAGACAAGAUCUGCCUUGUCAAUGAUCCUCGACCGCAAAAUAAGUUUGACAAACUUUACACUGUGCAGUACUUGGGUAAUAUGGUGGAAGGUCGGAAAACACAGUAUAAUAACCAGCCUGUGGAUGUCUUAAAAAAGCUAGCAGCUGCCUCUAUAAAAGAUGGAGAGGCAGUGUGGUUUGGUUGUGAUGUUGGAAAGCAUUUUCAUGGAAAAUUGGGCAUCAAUGACAUGAACAUAUUUGACCAUGAGCUGGUGUUUGGUGUGUCGGUUAAGAACCUAAACAAGGCUGAGAGACUUAUUUUUGGGGACUCUCUGAUGACACAUGCCAUGGCACUGACUGCAGUCACAGAGAAGGAAGAACAUGAAGGGCAGUAUGAAAAAUGGCGAGUAGAGAACUCAUGGGGCGAUGAUCGUGGAAAUAAAGGCUAUCUGAUCAUGACGGAUGAGUGGUUCUCGGAAUAUGUCUAUGAGGUGGUUGUGGAUAAGAAGCACGUCCCUGAAGAAGUCCUGGAGGUUUUAAAGCAGGACCCUGUGGUGCUACCAGCCUGGGACCCAAUGGGCGCAUUGGCUUAAAAAAUAAGUGACUGCUCUUUUUGUUUUGGCCUCUCCAUCUUCAUCAUCAUUUUCAUUAUCACCAAGACUAGAAAUUCCCUUCUCCCAUCUCAGUGUAGCACUGGAACAAUAGAGUCAAGCAAACACUGCAUGUUUUCUCAUGAAAUAGAAGAGGGAUACACUUUGAUCCCCAGCAGUCUGCUGUACCUCGAACCCAGCACUCAGGAAAUCUCUUCACCCAGAUCAUCUCACAUUCUGUAAUUCAGUCUUUUUUGGUACCAAAUUAUAGAUUACAUUGUUAGAUCUUUUACCCAUAAUGAUGGCAAAAUCCAUCUCCACUAAUAAUGGACCAGAAGAGGUGAUUGUAGCAUAAAAAC